AUGUCCCUGAAAACACCUCCGACCAGUGAGGAAGACUUCAGAACGCUCAUAACGUCAAACACUGACAUAGACUUCUUAACAGCUUCAGAUUCUGAUAGCAUAUUACUGGACGCUUCACGGAAACAUCCUCCCAACUUUAAGAGUGCAUCCACCAAUGACCUCGGUUAUUCGUCGUUCGACAAGAAUCCGGGUUUCGACAAUAGACCGUCUAAGAGGUCUUCGAGUUUUCGAAGAUCUCGGCACUCUCUAAUACAGCAAAAGUAUCCGAAUGUAGGCGAGCUACUAUUUGACAACGGUCAAAUAUAUAGUGACGUCAGACUAUCAUUUGAGGAUCACGGAGUGCUGGCCACCCGAGCAGGAAUUCCAUCCGAAUUAAGGUUACACUCCAUAGUGUUAUUUCAAUCACAAUUCUUCAAGGAUCAACUUUCACAAACCUCCGCGGUUGCUUCUUCUUCGUCGACGUCUAACGUGCUGAGAGAGAAACAAAUAAUCGUCAAAUUGCCGACUCGCGUUAACGAGGAGGACCUGGUCAGUUUCCAUUGCACAUUGAGAUUAAUGUACACCAAAAAUUGGGACCACGAAUUGGCCGACAACCUGGCAAAAGGUGUGGGUUGUUUGUCGGUGUGUUAUGAAAUUGGGUUUCACGAGGGAAUUGAGGCAUGCUGGAAAUGGUUGGUUAGAAAAUGCAAUCGCGAUAGAAAUAAGGAAAUGAUGAAAAGGCUUAUCGAAGCGUAUCCCAACUUACAUGAAAAAUACACUUCCCAUGUGGAAGCAAGUUCGUCCUCUACGAAUUUACUGGAGGUACCAGCGCAAAAAAGUUUGUCACGGACACCAAGUAAACGAGGUCCUCCACUGCAAAGAAGAUCCUCGAGAAAAAGUAGUCGAUCGAGUCACCUACGGCGGAGGACGAGCAGUAGAGGUAGUGGAAGUUUUGGUAGUAGACCUUCUUCGCUGGCGUUAAAACCUAACCAGAGUGACACGUCGAUAUCCUCGGACGCGUCUACUUCAUUAACGACGCAACGCGAAGACGGACAUCCUAUUCCUUUUUCCUCCAAGUCACCAUCUCCCGUACCAAGAAGUCCAUCCACACGACCCUCUAAUGGCGAACUUCCCUCACCACCGUUGUCCACGUCACCUUCCCUUUCUCCAGUGAUACCACAUUUUACGUCGUUACAAGGAAACGUCGCUAAUAAUGGCAGGUUAUCGCCACAGUCACCACCAUCACCCACCAAGUCAUUAAUGUCUUCACACGUUAAACUUCCUUUUCCGACAUUACCACCAACACCUCCGCCGUCACAGUUUGGCAAUGUGCAUUUAUUGAACGCCUGGGUAUCAAAAUUCGAAUCUUACGCAAUAUCGUCAAGACGUUCAUGCGCCAGGUUUCCGUCAGAAGCCAGGCAAGACGAUAGAUGUUUCCCAUUCUUAGAACAUUUUGCCUCAGUAUUUGAAUCGAUCAUUAAACUUGGUCGGUCGAAACAAUUGACGUCACCCGAAUGUUUGGAUUACACAUUGAGAAUGCUAAAUGUGAUUAAAGUGGAACACGCACAUUUUCACAGCUUACACAUGAAACAAGUACACAUUUCACCACAAAUAGUACUCCACAGAUCACUAGAUGCACCCCUGUCAAUAUUACUCAGGGAGGUUUUACUUCCAAUCGAACAAAGGCAUUUGUGCGACUAUCUGUGGGCUCCCAGUAAUGUAUCAAACCUCAUGCACCUUCGCGAAAUCCGAAGUAACGAUGAGGAUGUCAUGGAAGAGGAUGAAUUUGACGGCCUCGACCAGGUGAUGGGUGAGGCUAGCUUGGUGCGAGGGUCAAGAGUGAGUUCGAUGGAACACAUGGUAGUGGGGGAGAAGAUGGCCAAGGUCAUGAAAGAAAUUAUGUCUCAUG